AUAAUAAUAAUAUAAUACUUGUGCUAGAAGUAAGAGUACUCCUAGGUUCUUAUAGUCUUCAUUAAAUUUCAUAGGAUUGCGCCGUCUGCUACAUAUACAUUAACAGUAUCAAAACCCUUCACCACACACUACCUCAAUUCAUUUUUUCUCAUCAUCUUCUUGUUUAUAACAUCAUAAAUAGCCAUUACAUAUACACAUCAGAAUCAUCUAGAUCAUAAUAAAAAAGACUCAACUUUUGCUGUUUUUUUUCUUACCUUCUUUAUGGUUUGAUCUUAUUGUUUUUCUAGUUUAUUACUACUUUUGAAGAUAUGGGUUUGAGUUCUAAACAGGUUAUUUCUAGCAGUGGACUUGAUUGGAAACAAACCUUAUUAGAAUCUCAAGAUUUGGAACUUCCAAAGCCUCAUCAACUAAUGAGAAAACAGCAACAAAAUCCUCAGCAGCAAUCAGCAGAACACUUGAAUUGUCCAAGAUGUGACUCAACAAACACAAAGUUUUGUUACUAUAACAAUUACAACAAGUCUCAGCCUCGCCAUUUUUGUAGAGCUUGUAAAAGACACUGGACUAAAGGUGGAACUCUACGCAAUGUUCCGGUUGGCGGUGGCAGAAAGAAUAAGAGAACCAAAAAAUCAACCACAACAACUACUUCUUCCACCACCACCACCACCACCAUAGCAACCACUACUUGCACCACCUCAAUUCAAACACCUCUUCAAGUGAGUGAUCAUCACAAAACCAUUCCUAACUCAUCUCUAUAUCAAGCUCUAAUCCAUCCACCAUCUUUGCUUCUACAACAGAAUAUGAUGAUGAACACAAGAGACUUAUUAGUAGAAAGCAAAGAUUUUGGCAUGUUUACUACUACUUCUUCAACUCUACCUAUUCCUCAUCAGAAUCAAAGCUUGCUCUUUCCCUUUUCAACCUCCUCAAGUUCAUUUGACACAGCCACUUGUUCAUCUUCCAAUGUUUUUUACUAUGGACAAGAGUUUAAAACAAUGGAGGAACAAGAACAGGAACAAGAACCUAUAAUUCCUAACACAAAGCCAUGGGAGAUGCCGAUACCGAUACCAACAUCAUUAUCAUUACCAGCAACAAGUGGUGGCAUGGAAGCUUCAAAGUAUUGGAACUGGGAAGACAUUGAUUCAUUGGUAUCAGCUGAUUUAAAGGAUCCUUAUUGGGAUGAUUCUGAUAUCAAACCAUGAAACCAAAAGAACAAGAGGAAAAAGUAACAUCAACAUUCAACAUGUUGUAGUGUCUUGUUACUGUCCAUAGAUUAAUUAGUCUAUUUAAUUUAAUUGGGGUGUAUUUUUUUUUUGUGUUUUUUCAUACAGAUAAUUAAGCAAGUGUUGUUGUUAA